CACAACUAACACGAUGAACAGAAUUCCAAGACAGCCGCAAACUCCAAAGUCCGCUUUCCAAAAGUUCAAGGAGUCCCCAAUGUACACUAUUGCCGUCCACACCGGCUUGUUCGCCGCCGGUGUUUUCUUCAUCCAGUCUCCAAUGAUGGAGAUGUUGGUUCCAGACUUGUAAUCAAUAUGCAAAUAAUGAGUGGGCCGUAUGCACCAAGAACUAUUUGGGUAUGAUUGGUGAUGGGGUUUGGCGCGGCGGAAUAUUCGCUGUGAACUCAUCAUGCCCCAUGCCUUUUCUGUCGAGCCUAUUCCGAUUUCUCUCUUUAUCUCUUAUUUGAGUGCCGUUGGCAUCCUAAUAUGAACCUCGCCGUGUUUUUUUGGCGUCGAGACUGACGACUUUACUGUACAUAUAAUAUACAUCUACGCUUACGUCUAUCUGAGAGAAAUGGCCUGUCGGUUUAUACAUUCAAGGGAAACUGUAAAAAUAGCCCGUACUUUAAAAAAAGAAGGCACUAGCAAACACGGGAAAAGGCAGGUUUAUGAGACCUAACUUCAAAUUAUUAACAAUCCGGCGGUCUCCAGGGCUGGUGUCAGUUCAUCAUCUUACUAUAACUUGUUGAAUUUUAUCUAUGCUUUCGCCUU